CACGUCCUGUGAAAAGUGCUGACUGUCAGUUCAGAAAAACACAGAACUGCCAAUGCUGGAGGACCUUGCAAAGGAGGAGAGGCUGCUCGUGAAAUUUGUUAGGUUUGGUUGCAUGCGCAGAGAGAGACCCAGAGUCUUCUAGGAGCCUGAAUGGUAUAGGUUACAGUGGGAGGAGUGGCAUUAUAGAGUGAGAAGUGAAACAAUGCUGGGAGCGGCUUGCUGCAGCUUUUAUCAAGAUUCUGGGCGUCGAGGUGAUAUUCUCACUCAGCAGUGUGUAUCAUCGAUCAGCUGAAUUGUAAGGAUGGUGAACAGAUGACCAAACACCAAUGCAUCCAGUUCUGUUGACUGUUUAGUAAAGAGUUUCUAGGAAAUGAAUAACACAUGUUUGGACAUCAAUCCUCAACUGGAGAAGUAUUACCUUCCAACCAUGUAUGCAAUAGAGUUCCUUUUAGGACUGGUCGGCAACCUUUCUGUGAUAUGGGGCUACUUAUUCUGUCUGAAGGAAUGGACGUCCAGCAACAUCUACCUUUUCAAUCUUUCCGUCACCGACCUGACUUUCAUUUGCACCCUUCCCAUGCUCGUCGUCUACUAUGCCAAAGGCAACAAGUGGGUUUUUGGUCACCUCAUGUGUACAUUAAAUAGAUACAUCCUACACGCGAACAUGUACAUCAGCAUCUUGUUUCUCACCUGCAUCAGCAUCGAUCGGUACCUGCUGGUGGUGAGUCCAGUGAAGCUUCACCAUUUUCAGAAAAAGUGGAACGCUGUUGUAAUCUGUCUCAGCAUUUGGGUUUUUGUAACACUGGAGUUGGUGCCUCUCUUCAUUUUUAUUGAUGAUCACACAAUCAACAGCACAGAUAAUAAGUCCUCCUUCCAGUGUUUGGAUUAUGCCAGCUCAGGAAAUCCCUCCCAGAGUCUGAUUUACAGCAUGUGCCUCACAGUUUCUGGUUAUCUCUUACCGCUCUGCAUCAUGCUUUUCUCCUAUAUACAAACUGCACGCAGCCUUAAGAAAAUAAUGCAACAGCGCACCAAGGUUCAGGUGGAAAAGCCGCUUACCUUGGUCAUAUUGGCCAUUGUCAUUUUCUUGAUAUUCUUUACUCCUUAUCACAUAAUGCGCAAUGUUCGUAUUGCUUCCCGAGUGGAGAACAGCACCAUGUCAGAGUGCAGCAAAUUAGCUGUAAAGGCUCUGUACACUAUCACAAGGCCCAUAGCUUUCCUCAACUCCAUUACAAACCCCAUUUUCUACUUCAUGUUGGGGGAUAAGUUCAGGGAGCAGUUUUUCAGCAAGCUCAGAAGCAUCUUCUUAAGAAAGCCUGAGGUAACCAAUCAGAAAGAGGAAAGUUCCAUCAGGUCGACUGCUGAGACCUGA